CAGCAGUAUUGAAUUAGUAAAUUCUCUGGCACUUUAAUUAUAGAAAUAUUAGUAAGCCAAUCUGAUCUAACCGUAAAACCCUAAGCCAAACAAAAAUAGAAGAAAUUGGCAAACCCCACCGUCCCCCGUCUCUUCCCCAAAACAAUGCUCUCCCGUCUCCUGCCCCAAACAAUGCUCUCCCGUAAACCCUUGCACUUCCGUCUGAUAGCACAUGUUUAUUCAAAAUCUCAACCCUAUCCCCAAAACCCUUACUUCUCUCCCCUUCUCAACUUAUGUCGAUUUCUCUCCACCAACAACAACGACAACAACAAUAAUAGCAAGGAUCCGUCCACGUCCAAUCCCUGGAACCUUACUCCGGAAAAUGAAGGAAAAUUCGACCCGCUGUUCAACAUCUUGGAUACGGAACUUCGUGGUGGCAGUGAGGAUGUUUUCAAUAAGAGUGGAGGUGAUUGGAUGGCUCCGGGGUCCAGGGAGGAGGAGUACAAGCCGUGGAGUUUUGUAGAGGAAAAGAAGGAUGAUGACGUGUUCGAUCUCGGGGAGGGUGUACGGCCAGUUGAUGAAACUUUGGGUGAGAAUAGUGCAAGUAUCCGUAGUGAGAUGACUCAAGAGGAGAAGGAGAUGCUUGAAAGAGAGGAGAAAGAACUUUCUGCUAUAGUCAAAGUUAUAAGCUUGAUUUUUACUGCAAAGAAUCUUCAAUUAUUCUUUGCAGUGCACAAAAGAUGGGGCUAA